AUGUUGUUCCUACGCGGUGGUGGCGGCGGGGGAGCUGCUGCAGUUGCUGGUGGAGUGUUUUCGCGGUACUUCUCGAGGAAGCGCAGCCCUGACCUCCGCCGUAUAAACCCGAAGGUGCCCACAGAGGAGGCCACCGUGAUCUCCCGAAACCUCUACCGGAUCGUCAAGAACAAUGGUCCCCUCUCCGUCUCCCACACUUGGAACCACGCCAAGGAAGCUGGUAUCGAUGGGUUGAAUAGUAAGACCCAUAUGAAAAUCUUGCUGAAAUGGAUGAUGGGACGGAAGAUGCUAAAGCUUUCUUGCACUCAUGUUAGAAAUGCAAAGAAGUUUCACUACUCUAUCCUGCCAGAAGAUCCUCAAGCUCGCAAGAAUCUUAGCUCUCCCUCGCCAGCUCCAGACACUACAAAGGCUUCAGGCAAGGUGGAAAAGCAGCAACAAAAAAGGUCCAGAAAGGGGAAAUGA